GUUACAUUAUAUAAAGAAUGAGGUGUCUCAGUCCAACCAGUUGCAGAAGUUCUGAAGAUUGAUGAUCAUUUAGGAUAACGGUCAACCGCUAUUUAACAGGUCGAGUUAAAAUGAAAGAGGCAAUGAAAUGGACAUCGCUGCUCCUCAUCUCUCUAAUUGUAACAGAGGCAUAUUCAGCCAGGAUUAUUGGGGGCCAGGAGGUUUUGCCUUAUUCCAUAAAAUAUCAAGCAUCCCUGCAAUCUGAAACCAGGCGUCACUACUGUGGAGGGACACUGAUCCACGCAGAGUGGGUAGUGUCUGCUGCCCACUGCUGGAAGCCGAGUUCUUCGUUGACGGUGGUGCUGAGUGAACACAGUUUGAGUCAGGAAGAGGGUUAUGAGCAGGUAUUCAACGUCUCCAGGAUAUACGUCGCCAACUAUAACUAUAGGACAUUCAGCAAUGACAUCAUGCUCAUCAAGCUGAGUAGACCGGCCAGCCUCAACGCCCACGUUCAGCCCGUCAGACUUCCAAACGGCAUACAUGCCGGAAUGACCUGUACAGUGAGCGGCUGGGGGGUGACACAGACCUAUAGCAACGUUCUGUCCCCCGUGCUGCGGGCCGUGGACGUGCAGAUCAUCCCGAGAUGCUACUACUACUACUGGGGCCGCAUCACCCGUAACAUGAUCUGCGCUGGCUCCCGGUUUGGGGGCAAGGACUCCUGCCAGGGAGACUCUGGAGGUCCGCUGGUCUGCAAUGGACACCUGGAGGGAAUCGUCUCGUGGGGCAUUAGUUGUGCCAAUCCGUACUACCCGGGUGUCUAUACCAAAGUCUCGGCCUACGUCAAUUGGAUCAAUUGGGUUAUCAAUAGCUAAAGGCUGACUGGGAAGCCUGCAGGGAAUGUGAAUUCAAAGAUAGGUAUAGCAAACUCAUGCCCUUAGGCCCACUUCACUUUCGACUGUAAAGUAAUCAUAUAGUUGUGCCAUAGUCUUCGGUUUGGUCGUAUUUUGUUCAUUUAGAACAAUGAAAGGUAUAGGCGUACUUCAGGCCCAUAGUUUUAUUGAGAUUUAUACAAAACUUAGACUUCUUUUUAAUAUGAGACAUUGAAUAGUGAUUUCUGGCAAUUAACACACUUUUUCUGAAUGUUUGCUUUUCUUAACAGAAUAUACUCCCUUUUAAGUUCCAUCACAAAACCUUAGCAAAAUGGUCAUUGUGUUUUCAGCUGUUAACUCAAAUGCUAAAAUGUGUCAUAAGCGCCUAAUACAUCUGGUAGGUUUUUUGGACUAUGUCUGUCAGUAUGAACACAUAUAAACCAAUAAAGUGAUA